AUGGCGCUACUAUUGAUAGCGGCGAUAUCAACAAAGGAAGUAGCAAUAGCGAUGACAACGGUGCCAGUGAAGACUUGCCUGUAUCACCGGGCAUUCAGAGGGGUGAAAUCACGGAGAUAUCUGGACCAAGAGGGUCCGGAAAGACUGCUCUGGCAUACCGCUGGCCCACUCUGCAUGACCCGAUUCGAAGAGAUGUUAUGCAAGAAUACCACGCCAGCACAGACGGGCCAGCUGCUGCAAAACCUGCUACACCUUCAACCGACAACUCUAGCCCAUUUACUGGCCCUGAUAUCGCAUCCUGUUCCCGGCUUCCCUCCAGCCAACACGGGCUUGAUAGUGCUAGACUCGAUAUCAUGUCUUUUUGGCUCAGAAUUCCGAAGCAAGCUACCGGCCAAACUCAGCAAGGCCAACGACCUGAACCGUGCGGAAAAGUCCAAAGACGCCCAGGAGUCGAAGCUAUGGUGGAAAUUAAUUGGUAACUUGUCGGCGAAUCUGAACGCGCUUGCAUCUCGGCUAGACUGCGCGGUUAUCGUCACUAAUGAGAUGGUUACCCGCUUCCGGCCUGGCCAGAAACCCAUGCUCCACGUUGCUAUAUCGGGCUAUACAUGGGAUACCAGUGUAGCUACGCGAAUCAUCCUGUACUGGCACUGGCUAGACCCUGGUGCUAGAGAGAAUCUACAUAUGAAGCGGAUUAGAAUUGCAGAGGUCUUCAAAGCAGGGAAGAUGACUAUUGUGCCUAGAGAUGUGGAGAGGAUUGUUCCAUUCUUUGUUGAAGAUGCGGGCCUUUGUGAAUUUACUCGUUUAUCGAUACGACUGGGCGGUGCGGCCGGUACACCUCAGCCGGGAAAGCGUAAGCUUGACCAGCAGCUUCUACCGUCUCAACUCCCUCGCAGACCAAAGAUUGAACAUGAGAGCGAAGAUGAGGAGGGGAAGGAAAGUCUAGAGAGAGAGGCUGCUGAGCCUGUGCUGGCGACCACUCUACCUGCUGAAAUAAUGGAUAGCCAAGACGAGGAAGAGGAUGAAGAAUGGCUGGAGGCUACUGAGGCGACAGACACGGUGAACCUAGAGCUUACUCCUGAUCCCAUUCCUGGACAGGAGACCCUAGAGGACGACACCGAGCUGCUGCUCAGAAGUAUGGUGGAAGGGGAUGUAUGA